AUGGAGGGUCACGUCAACGACUACUACGAGCCUGCCAAGGAACACAUCAACAUGACGAACAGCGACAGCGAGGGGGUCUUUCAUCAUGACAUGGAGAUGAUGGGGGCCACGGAUGCCCACUUGAUGAAUACCACCGUCCAGAACAUCUCGUGGGAGGGCAUCGAGGUUACCGUCAAGGACAGAGAGACGAAGCAACCCAAGAGCAUCGUCCACGGAGUCGAUGGUCUCGUCGAGGCCGGAGAAAUCUGCGCCCUCAUGGGUCCCAGCGGCUGCGGAAAGACGACCCUCCUCAACGUCCUCGCCGGCCGUUCCACCAACGCCUCCAGCGUCGAGGGCUCCGUCCUCGUCAACGGCGUCAAGCCGUCCCGCUCCGAGUUCCGCCAGAUCAGCUGCUUCGUCGAGCAGGAAGACGCCCUCAUCGGCUCCCUCACCGUCCGCGAGACCCUGCUCUUCACCUCCCGCCUCUCCUCCACGAGCUCCCUCCCCCGCAAGGAGCGCCUCGCCCGCAUCGACGGCCUCCUCGACUCGUUCGGCCUCAACGACCAGGCCAACACCAUCAUCGGCACCCCGAUCCGCAAGGGCAUCUCCGGCGGUCAGAAGAGGCGCGUCGGCGUGGCGAGCCAGCUGAUCACCAGCCCUAAGAUCAUGUUCCUCGACGAGCCGACCAGCGGGCUGGACUCCGCGGCUAGUUUCGAGGUGAUCAGUUACCUCAAAACGGUGGCCAGACGAAGCAACCUCAUCGUCAUCGCCUCGAUUCAUCAGCCGUCGACCUCGACCUUCAACCUCUUCGACAAGCUCCUCCUGCUCUCCGGCGGCAAGACGCACUACUUCGGCGGCGUCGACCGCGUCGUGCCCUACUACGAGUCCAUGGGCAUGCCGAUGCCGCUGCAGGUCAACCCGGCCGAGCACCUCCUCGAGCUCGUCAACGUCGACUUCGUCAAGGACAAGCGCCAGGCCGCCGCGCGUCUCGAGUCGAUGCACCAGUCCUGGAGCGAGGCCGGCCCGGCAAGGGACCUGAAGAUGGCCAUCGCCGACGCCCAGCAGAAGAGCAACCCCGUCGUGCUCGGUGAGGAGGAGAAGAAGCCCGGGCUGCCCAGCCUGGUCCUCACGCUGCUGCAUCGGAGCUUCAUCAAGAGUUAUCGCGAUGUUGUGGCGUAUGGGAUCCGAUUCGCGAUGUAUACUGGGUUGGCCAUCAUGAUGGGCACAGUCUGGGUCCGUCUAUCCACCAACCAGGAAUCCAUAAUUCCCCUGACCAACGCCAUCUUCUUCGGCGGCGCCUUCAUGUCCUUCAUGGCCGUAGCCUACGUCCCCGCCUUCCUCGAAGACCGCAGCCAGUACGUCAAGGAGCACCACAACGGCCUCUACGGCGCCACCGCGCUGCUCAUCUCCAACUUCCUCAUCGGCCUGCCCUACCUCUUCCUCAUCGCGCUCAUCUUCUCCGUCAUAUCCUACUGGCUCUCCAACUUCCGCCCGACCGCGACGGCCUUCUUCGUCUGGGUUCUGUGGCUCUUCCUCGACCUCCUCGCCGCCGAGAGCCUCGUCGUCUUCUUCACCUCCCUCUUCCCCAGCUUCGUCAUCAGCCUCGCCCUCGUCGCCUUCGCCAACGGCCUGUGGAUGUCCGUCAACGGCUUCAUGGUCAGCCCCACCAUCCUCAACUCGUUCUACAAGUACGUCUUCCACUACUGGGACUACCAGAAGUACGUCUUCGAGGGCAUGAUGCACAACGAGUUCGCCGAGCGCGUGUACGACUGCGGGGGGAGCUGCCAGUGCAUGUACCGCACCGCCCUCGAGCCGCAGUGCAAGAUCGCCGGGCAGGGCGUGCUGGACACCUACGGGUACACGAAGAACCACUUCGGGAGGGACGUGGGGAUCAUGAUGGGGAUCAUUGCCGGGUACAGGAUUGCGGCGUGGAUCGUGCUCAAGAUUAAGAAGAACUGA